ACUCAAUAUACAAAAUGGUGAUGAACAGAUCGAGUACGACGCCUUAUUCGGUGGUGUCGGAGUUUGAAGGAACAUUACUGAAGAACAAGGAUUCAUUCUCUUACUUCAUGCUCCUUGCCUUUGACUCAUCUGGUCUGAUUCGUUUCACUUUCUUGCUGUUUCUCUGGCCCGUCAUCAAACUCCUUGACGUUUUCGGCUACAAUGACGUCGCUCUCAAGCUCAUGAUUUUCAUAGCCACGGUUGGUCUAAGCGAAGGGGAGAUCGAAGCGGUGGCUAGAACCGUCUUGCCAAAGUUCUACAUGGAUGAUGUAAGCAUGGACACGUGGACGGUAUUAAGCUCGUUUGAGAAGAGGGUCGUGGUGACGAGGAUGCCUCGGGUUAUGGUGGAAAGGUUCGCGAAGGAGUAUCUUAAAGCAGAUAAGGUCAUCGGUACGGAGCUGAACGUGAACACGUUCGGUUAUCACACCGGUUUUAUACGUGAAACAGAUAUCGAUCAGUCUACUUUGAAGCGUGUUGCCGACUUAUUUGUUGACCGGAGGCCUCAUCUAGGUCUUGGAAGAGCCUCUGUGACAUCGUUAUGUGAGGAACAGAUUCGUGCACCGGUUCCAGAGAAGAUUGUCAACUACCAUAACCAACAACUUGAGCUGCAGCCGGUGAUUUUUCACGACGGACGCCUUGUGAAGCGGCCAACACCAGCCACAGCUCUCCUCAUCCUCCUCUGGAUCCCAUUUGGAAUUGUUCUUGCUCCCAUCAGGAUCCUUGCCGGGUCCGUUCUCCCAUUGUGGAUCAGAAGUUACGCCCUGAGGAUAUUAGGCUGCCAAGUCAUCGUCAAGGGAAAGCCUCCUCAGCCACAAGGACCCGGAGACUCUGGCGUUCUCUUUGUAUGUAAUCAUAGAACGCUAAUGGACCCUGUUGUCAUAUCCACUGUGUUGGGACGCAACGUCAUGGCCGUUGUAUACUCACUUUCGCGGUUUUGCAACCUCUUCUCUCCAAUCCCCAUCGUGCGAAUACAAAGAAUCCGAGAUGUCGACGCCAAGACAAUCAAACUAGAGCUGUCCAAAGGAGACCUAGUGAUUUGCCCCGAGGGAACAACUUGUCGUCAACCGUUUUUGUUAAGAUUCAGCGCGCUUUUUUCGGAGCUAACGGACAUGAUCGUGCCUGUGGCGGUGAACUGUAAGGUUGGAUUCUUCCAUGCCAACACCGUGAGAGGGUGGAGAUGUAUGGACAUGAUAUUCUUCUUGAUGAACCCGAGACCGGGUUACGAAGUGACGUUCCUGGACAAGCUGCCAAUGGAGGACACGUGUUUAUCGGGGAAAAGGUCACCGUAUGAUGUGGCGAACCAUGUUCAGAAAAUCUUGGCGGAUACGUUAGGGUUCGAGUGCACUAACUUAACGAGGAAGGAUAAGUAUAAGGUUCUCACUGGAAAGGACGGGACGGUGUCGUAUGUGUCGUUUCAGGACCAAGCUAAGAUGAUCAUUAAAACUUUUAAUCCUUUCUCCCACUGAAUAAUGUUAACUAUUCAAUUUCCACGUCAAGUUGAAAUUCAGACCAUUGCUUGUUAUUGAGGGAGAGAAGACUUGAGCAAGGGUUUCCUCAAAGAGAUCUAGGAAAAGUUUGGGGUGAACUGUUUUUGCUAAGACUAAGAUUAAUCACUCUUUUUUACUUAACCAAUGGAAUCGUGCCUGUCUCGAUGAAUGGGUUAGCUUAAUU